AUGCCCCGACCAAGACCCCCUCCCGCCCCUACUGGAUCAACAGACCUCAAAGCAUUGGAAAAGGCCGUACCCUCCUCAGACAUGGAAUCCACGUUCACACUGCCACCUCCAGCCUUGAGAGCAGCCGAAGGGUCAACAUCAUCUUCUAACCAUGCCACGAAAAGCAGCAGCGGUUCCCGAGAGCACAACAACAAUGCCUCUGCCUAUUCUCAGAGUGCUCCUCCGAUAUCUCCUCAGGACAAGCCACUCUCUACGAGUCCUCGAAACAAGAGGACUGCCUCUGGAGCGGUCAAGACGGCCCACGACCCUGCCACGAGUGGUGGCCCCUCGAACUCGUCUUCUAGUGCACAAGGAUGCUAA